UUUUGCUUUAUAUACGAUUACUAUGUACCAAAACAAAAUCACAUUAACACGAUAAUUAUUCAUUAAGCUCUCUGUUCAUUAAUCGCAACAUGGCUAUUGUUCUUCAUCGUAUAAUUUCUUUUGCAGUACUUUUUUCUCUUCUGAUUAACCCUUGUUAUUGCCUCAACCCUAAAUUGUUCAAUGUUUCUGAAAUUCAAAAUGUUAAUGAUCCAUGGCAAAUGGCAAUAGCUACAUGGUAUGGAGCACCAGAAGGUGCUGGAUCAGAUGGGGGUGCAUGUGGAUAUGGUGAAAGUAUAGAGUAUCCUCCACUUUCUAAAAUGAUAUCAGCUGGAGGUCCAUCUAUUUUCCUUGAGGGUAGAGGAUGUGGUGCUUGUUAUCAGGUGAAAUGCACAGAAAAUAGUGCAUGCUCAAGAAAUCCUGUGACUGUGAUGAUCACUGAUAGUUGCCCUGGAUGUGCACCUAUCCAGUUUGAUCUAAGUGGAACUGCAUUUGGUUCCCUUGCAAAUAAUGGCCAGGCUAAUAAUCUUCGUAAUGCUGGAAGAAUUAAUGUUCAAUACCAAAGGGUUGCAUGCUCUUUUGGGACAUCAAUAACAUUUGCAGUCGAUAGUGGAGCCAACCCAUACUAUUUUGCUACAGAAAUAGAAUAUGAAAAUGGAGAUGGUGACAUUGUAUCUGUAGAAUUGAAUCAAUCAAGAAGAUGGAUUCCAAUGCAACGUUCUUGGGGUGCAAGAUGGGCUUUGAACUCAGGUUCACAAUUGCAACCUCCAUUUUCCAUUAAGAUCACAGAAAAUGGAAAUGGAAAGUUCAACACUAUUAUAGCUUACAAUGUGAUUCCAAGAAAUUGGCAACCUGGCAAAGUUUAUCGUUCAUUGGUUAAUUUUAAGAAUCUAUGAGAUUAUUAAAUCAAAAUUAGGUUUCCUUGUUGUGGCUCAUUUAAUUAUAGAAGAAAAUUUAAUCUUGAAUAAUCUAUUGUUGCAUUCUAUUAGAGUGUAAUAUUGAGUAUGUUAAGGUCUAGUUGUCUUUAUUUUUGGGUGAAUAAAGGUCUAGUCUCAU